AUGGCUAUCAAGUUAGACAUGGCUAAAGCUUAUGAUAGAGUGGAAUGGCACUUUUUGAAAGAUGUGAUGCUUAAAAUGGGUUUUUGUGAACAAUGGGUACACUGGAUUGCAAGAUGUAUGGAAACUGUGUCAUACUCUUUUAACUGCAAUGGAGAAGUCAAGGGUUAUGUGAAGCCAGGAAGAGGGAUAAGACAAGGUGAUCCAUUGUCACCGAACCUGUUCUUGAUAUGCUCUGAAGGCUUUUCAAAUUUACUCCAAAGAGCUGCUGAAGAUAAGAGAUUAAAAGGUAUGAGGAUUAGUAGGCAAGGCCCAAACAUUACUCAUCUCUUCUUUGCGGAUGAUUCUCUUAUAUUCUGUGGUGCGGAGGUGCAGCAAGCUGAGGAGCUCAUGAAUAUACUUCAAGCUUAUGAACAUGCUUCUGGACAGUUGAUUAAUUUAGAGAAGUCAUCAGUGAUCUUCAGCAAGAAUGUGCCCAAUAGUAAAAAACAGGAGAUAUGUAGUAAGCUUGGAGGCAUGGAAGAAGUGAAACAAGGGAGAUAUCUUGGUCUACCUAUGGUUAUCUCUAGGACAAAAGAGCAAAUAUUUGGCUACAUAAGAGAAAACAUCAACAGACGUCUGGAAAGCUGGAAGAACAAGUUAUUAAGCCAUGCAGGGAAGGAAGUCAUGCUCAAAGCUGUCACAAUGGCCAUGCCAACAUAUGCCAUGUCAUGUUUCAAAUUGCCAAGGAAAUUGUGUAAGGAUCUCAGUUCAGCUAUGGCAAAUUAUUGGUGGGGGGAAGCCAACGGCAAAAACAAAAUGCAUUGGGUUGCUUGGAAGAAAAUGGCUCAGGAAAGAAAGGAUGGUGGAUUGGGAUUUCAGGAUCUGGAAGCUUUUAACAAAGCUCUACUAGGAAAACAGAUUUGGAGGAUAAUUACUAAACCAAAUCUCCUUGUGAGCAAAAUUUUGAAAGCUAAGUACUUUCCUAAGGAAUCAAUUUUUUCAUGCAAAGUGCAAGGGAGUGCUUCGUGGUUCUGGAAAGGGCUGAUGAGUGUAAGAGGAGUAAUGGAAGAAGGUAUACUGAGAAGAAUUGGUAAUGGCAGCAGCACUAAAAUAUGGGAGCAUAAGUGGAUACCACAAGCUCCAAAUGGUAAGCCAUCUACACCAAGGCCCCAAAACUGUGAAUUUGAUACAGUUCAGCAGCUGAUCAAUAACAAAAGAUGGAACUCCAACGUGGUAUUCAGAACUUUCAACAAGUCUGAUGCUGAGAAGAUUCUCAGUAUACCAAUCAGUUUAGCUGGGAGAGAAGAUUCAAACUAUUGGAAGUACAGUGAAGGUGGAGAAUAUACGGUAAGAUCUGGCUACAAGAGGUUAAUGGCUGAAUGUUCGGGUAGUAACACUAAUAAGGAGAAGGCUGGAACAAGCUUUGGGGCAAGUGGUAGUCAGAGUAUUCAGUUAUGGAAUACCCUGUGGAAGCUUAACAUCAAACACAAAAUUAAAGUGUUUAUUUGGAAGUGUAUUAACGGAGCUCUCCCAGUUAGAGAAGCCAUUUUUAGGAGAACUACUGUAGGGGACCCUUUGUGUAAAGGUUGCGGAGAAGAGCCUGAAACAGUCGAACACACUUUACUGCAAUGUCCUCUAGCACUAGCAAUCUGGAAAGUUGCUCCAAUUACAUGGGAGGGUGCUAAAGACCAGGAGGGAAACUUCCAAAGAUGGUGGAGCAGGAUCACAGAGGCAAGGAAAAGGCAAGAUGGAGGAAGCCAUUUGGGGCUUACUGCAAAUAUACUUUGGCAGAUUUGGAAAUACAGAAAUAAGAGGGAGUUUGAGCAUCAGGCCAGCUAUAAUCCGAGUAGAGUUAUUCAGAAUGCACAUAAAGAAUGGCUGGAAUUAGAGGAUCUAGAGGCUAAGAAGAUUGCUCAGAGCACAACAGAAACAGAGCUACCACUGGUAGAGGCCAGUAAUGCACACGAAAGCCAUGAAGGAAUAAUUCUGCGGGUGGCAACCAGAAGCUUACAAAGACCGGCAGUGCUGGGAAUUGGUGUUGCCAUAAGUGGAAGGCCAAAUGAGGCAAAGGAAUUGUGGGCCUUAAAAGACAGAAGCUCAGGAGACCAAAAUAUUGAUGAUGCUGCAGCUAUCAAAUUGGCAUUAUGUAAAGCAGUGGAAAGAGGGUGGCGCAACAUCUGCAUACAAAUUCGCAACAAGGCUCUGCUGAAGCAACUUCAGAUUGGUAAAUCCAUAGAUUGCAGAAUGACAACAAUGCUUGAAGAUUUAUUAAGACUACAGUCACUGUUUCGAAUGUGCUCUUUUUGUUUCGUUAAUUUUGAUGUUAAUGAUGUUUGUGAGCAUGUUAGCUCUUAUGCCUUAGGCAUCUUGUUGGAUGAGGAAUUCCUUAUUCCUCCGUGUUCUUAA